AUCUUCUAUCCAAAAAGGUAGCUUUAGAUAAUGAAAAUCUUAAUGUCGAAUGGGAAAUUUACAACUUUUUUAUUAUUAAACGUGCUAUUUUUACGUUGUUUAUUUGUGUCUGUGAUUGUUGUGUCUUUUAAUAUAGUUUAUCUUAUAUCACAAAAAAAUGAUAAUUCCUGCUUUAUUUUUUAAGCUGAUAAUAAUAAAAGGCAAAGAAAAAAUUAUAAAUACUGCAAAAACUUGAAUAAAUGCAGAAAUAACGUCGUUAUGAAACAAUUCAAAUCUACACAUUGGUUAAGAAAAUUCCAUAUCAAUGCUACCUACGCCCAUGAUCCCCAUAAUUAUAGUGGAUCUCCCUACCAAAGCCGAAAGUUAUCUUUAGGCUCUAUUAAAGAACUGGGAAUGGAUCUCUGUUGCCUUUCUUCAUUAUUCUCGGUAAUCUCGGUGAUAACACCAAUACACAGCUUCCUUUUAAUAUUUCUACCAGUCGUUUACGGGGUUUAAUUUGUGAUUGGCCACGAUGUGUUACUUUUCUUUGCCACUGAAGAAUUUUGAAGAUGACGCAAUGGAAGAAGUUCUACCAGAAGGCAAAAAUUUCAGAUUGGUCGACGAAUCUGAGCUUCCAGAAAUUAUCGAAUACCUGGGUAAUUUUUUACCUGACUCAAUAAAGUUUCAUCAAACUUUGAAGACUUACGUAAACGACAGGGUGUGGGAUUUCCAUUUCUACGUAACGAAAAAUUGGCCAGAGCAAGCUGUGAUAUUGCAUUUUCCCGGAAUGACAAAAACGCCCAACAACAAGUUGUACGAAUCGUUUAGCGUGUUUUGUCCAUGCAGCCAGUUGGAAAAUUUAGAACUGCUGGAAACUGAAGACAUACUAAUAGACUGGUCGCAACCCAUAUAUUUAAAUUUCACACACGCAGAUAUAAUGAGCAAAAUAGAGGAAUUCUACGCUAACAUUGGUACGAUAGAAAAGUUGUAUGGCGAUGUGUAUGGUUUGGUAGAGCCUAAUCUAGAAGAAACAGAGAUCGAACUUACAAUAGCAGAGCAAGGUGAAAUGAGUCAACUAAAAAAAGGAAACGCUCAAAUAAUCCACGAUUUGUACCCAGCAAAUCAAAUGGAAUGCAUAGAAGUAUUCGAGAAGCUCAUAGAGAAACUGCCUUGUUUUGGUGUUUUCUCCGCUCAAGGGGACUUAGCAGCUUGGAUGGUUCAAUCGUAUUAUGGUGCUAUGUUUUCAAUGCAGACUAGGCCCGAAUAUAGAAGAAAGGGUUACGGAAUUAUCUUAGCAAAACAUCUCACUAAAUUAUUAGAUGUAACCGAUAGAGGGUACCUGCCGUUUGUAGUAAUCCGUCCAGAAAACGACGCAUCCAAGGGCCUAUACGCAAAAUUAGGUUUUAAAAAACACUUUGAAACCGUCAGAGCCAUUUUACGGCCAUUUGAAGAGACAGGCGAAUCUCAGGGAGGAGGAGGCGAUGAAACAGUGAUAGAGAAUGGAGUAGGAAACACAGUUCGAGAAAUGAAUGGUGAUGUAGAAUCUAAGGAGGACCAAUAAAGUGUACUAUCUGAAAAUUUAAGAGCGUUUCCUGAAUUACAAAAAUUAGGCCCGUUUUAAUGAUCUAAAAUAGAAAUGAAUGUUUUUGAUUAAUAGGAUCAGUUAAAUUAUUGGUAAAACCGCAGACUUUACCAUUGCAAUGUUGAAUAAAAAAGCGAAAAACUUUGUUCUCAGCUCAGAAAUAGUCUGAUUAUUAUGCACGUUUAAUCAACGCCGAAGCACUUUUGCAAUCUUGAAUGCUUGCUCCAUAUUUUCCAUUAAUCACUUCAUCUCGUACGUUCUUCUAUAUACAAAAAAAACAUAUAACUACGCAGACCAAGACGGAGGAAGUUUGAUUCCGAUCAGAAGUCAGUUAAUUAGCCUCAUCAAAGAAAAAGGCAGUAACUAUAAAAAUGAAACUAACAACUAAAACUCGGUCUUAGUUUGUAUUAAAAUAACUGUCUUCCUUUGAAAUGCUUUCCAAAAAUCGUUUGUCUUCACACACGUUACGUUUAAGACUUUGCCUCAAAAUUGUGCUGUGUUCUGUUAACUUGAAACAGAGUCCGUUAAUUGUUUUACAAUUGUAGUUUUCUUGAGUGUUUCAAAAUAACAAAUCGCAAAAUGUAAUCAAUAUAAAUGAGAAAUUUGUUCGACGAAAUUAUUCCUUAAAAGUUUGAGAAAAUAUUGCUGGCUGUUUGAAAAAAGCUUUUUGCAAUAAAAACCAUAUCGGCAGAAAUCUAAUUAAUAAGUGUAACAGAUUGUUUCAUAAUAGGCAUUAUCUAAGGAAAUUGAGGUGUAGCGACACAUGCUUUGUUAUCUAGAUGCAAUGUGUGGAAUUAGAAAAAAAUUCUGCAUAUUGUUGUGUGACCUCAGAGCUCUGGGUUUUCUGUGGUUUAUAAAGAAUUAUCUCGACUAAUUUUCAGUUGCUGAUGAAUUUUCAAUCGAAUAUGCCCAAUACUGUAAAAAUAUUGACAUUUCUUGAAGCACAACAGUUCAUAUCGGAGUAGUUUCAACGUAUUAAAAUUCAUUUUAAAUGCUGAAUUAUUUAGUUACAGUUAUCGAUAAACCGAAAACUGUAGCUCAAGAAGUUACAAUAGUUACCAGAAAUGUAUCUCUACAUUUAAACACCCACGACUACCUACUCUUAAAUAAUGCCAUGCUCUUACGAAACACCCUGCAUAAAACUAAGGUCAAUGAUUAAUUUUUACAUUUCAUAAGCACCUCUCAUCCAUAAUUAAAGAUGCCACGUAGUUUUCGAAAUGUUCCCGUUUAGCAGGCUUCAACUUGUAAGAGCUGUGAUUUAAACUAUCUUAGAUUAUUCAAAAUGAACACUGCUAGAACGUUUUGAAGUAAAAAACGAUAAAUUUAGCCCGCAAAGUGUUAAGUUAUACAUUUUUAUAUUAUACAGGGUGUAGCAAAUUCGAUGUAUAAGCAUUGGGAUCUCGUAGACGGUAAAAGGUACGAAACCACUUACUUACAUUAGAGCAAAGUUACCAUGUUAAUAGUUGGAAGUUUUUGAAUAAUUCGGGAAACAUUUCGUAAAAACACGCAUUUAUUUCAGGCUUUAUUUCAGUAAAUAUUCGCUGUAAUUUUUCGAUAAUUGUACACUUCAAAUUGAGAUAUUUGCAUACGAGGGAAAUAUUCAGAUUAAGACCAAGAUCUGGUACUGGUUUGACUUCAGAAAAAAAUGCUAGAAAAUGCAUUUUAACUUUAAAUCAAUUGAACUCCAGAUCAUUGCUGUCUCGCGAGAUCAUAAGGCUGCCACAUUUAAUUGCCUACGCUCUGUAGAUUAUACAACUGAUAUUAGUUUAAUAUUAUUUAGGUGCUAUGCUGAAAACCUUAAUGUAUCUACUAGUUGCAUUUUAUAUUAAAUAUAAUUAAUAUUGGAAUUUUUGCGUUAACCAAAGCGUUAAAACCAUGUCCCUAGCUUUGCCAUAUGCAAGAACAUCUGGAUGAAAUAGAAAAACAGCUCAACAUAAGCAACUGGUCAAAACAAAAAAUCAAAUAUUGUUUUUAUUACGCCCAAUGUAGAGCUCCUUCUUCCAUAUAAGCUAAGUUAGUUAAACUUAGGUUACGCGUUUGUUGUGCCGCAUUUAUAUUUACGUACAUAAUCUUUACACGCAUAAGUACUUAGAAAAUAUUGACAAAAUAUUGGAAUUAGUUUCUUGCAAGUAGGGCUGUGAAUAAUUUUUCUUAACAGUAAACAGAAAAGUACAUCUAAUCGGUAAGAAUAAAAAUGAAAUACUCCUACAUAGAAAACAUUGGGAUUCAUUUUUAUAAAUAUACUGUAAAAAUCUAAAGCUGAACAAUGUUUAAAUAAAUGAAAACGUAUGUAGACAUCAGAUUGUUUGGAAUGUUAUAAAAUACUAAAGGUAAAACUAACUAUGUAAAAAACACUUUGAUAUGUGUAGAUUUGUUGCAUGGACUGUAAAUGGAUGUAAAACCAAAUGUAUCAAGCAGCUAAUGGAAAAAUAGAUUCGAACUCAAACUAACCGGGGAAGUAUUUUGGAUUAGGAAGCUUUAAUUAAUUCAUACCGAAUAUAAACACAUACAACUACUUAGUAAUAAUUCAAACAAAUAUAUUUUGCAUUUCGCUUGCAGAUUUUCUUGAAAUCUUCAGAAAUUUAAUCAAGUUAGUACGAUGUUCUGUACAUAAUUCUGAGACUACUUUGAUUUCCAUCAUUUUCGUUUUUUAAAUCCAGGAAAAUAUUAGUAGAUGAAAUCAGUUUUUUAACAAAUAAGGCUGUGAUAUAGCUAACUAUUGUAGAAAAAAAUUAGAAUUGACAUUAGUCAACAAGAAACUAAUUCCAAGUAACAAAAGAAUGUUUUUUUAUUGAACAACAUUAAUUUGCUCCAAAAGUUGGCUUAAAAAAGUGACUAGUAAAAAAACAUAUAAUUGAUGGCUAGUUUUGGAAGCAAUAGUUUAGCUAGGAAGUAGUUACUGCUUACUAUAAGUAGUCAUGUGUAUCGUCUCAAGAAGUAUGCAUUGCCAUUAUUAAUCCAGGAUAUUGGAAACCUUUCAAAAAGUAGUAGAAAAUCUCGUUUGGUUACAUAUUAGGAAAACAUGAAAAAAACACGACUUAAUAAAUUGAUGUAUACUUUUUAAAGACUAUAUACUGACCGAUUAUUUUUUUGCGUCAUAUUUUUAAAAAUUGGGUACCAAAAUAAUAUUAGUUAACAUUAUAUCUAUGUACAGUAGGAAUAGGAUUAGCACAGUAAUAGCGAUUUAUUCGACUUUUCAAAAGCGUUCUUUAAGCCAGAGAUGAGCAAAUGAAAUAAAACUAAAUUAUCGAA